AUGACCAUCGCAAGCCUUCUGCUGUCGCUGAACGACUACGUUCGCCAAAGCCCGGGCGAAUCGAUCCUGGUUUCGAUAGUGCUCGCCCCCAUCAUCUACCUCUUCAUCAAUGAGAUCGUCCGCAACAAUGCUCGAAUCAGCAACAUGAAGGGUCCCUCUGGCCUGCCUGUCAUUGGUAAUCUUUGGGACAUCCGCGUCAACGCCGCCGACAAGUACCGAGAGUGGUCUAAGAAGUUUGGCGAGGUCUACCAGAUCCAGCUGGGUAAUGUCCCCGUCGUCGUCAUCAACUCUGCUGGCGCUGCACGAGAUAUCUUCGGCAAGCAUGCCCAGGCCUUUAGCUCAAGGCCCGAGUUCUAUACAUUCCACAAGAUUCUCUCCGACACUGCUGGAACAACUAUCGGCACGUCUCCCUACAGUGACUCGCUGAAGCGCCGCCGCAAGGGUGCUGCCUCGGCCCUCAACAGGCCAUCUGUGGCUACCUAUGUUCCCCACCUUGAGGUCGAGACUAGGGAUUUCGUCAAGGAGCUCUACACCUACGGCGAUGGUGGCCGCGUCCCUGUUGACCCCAUGCCCAUGAUCCAGCGCCUCUCUUUGUCGCUAGCUCUCACUCUCAACUGGGGCACUCGCUUGAAGAGUCAGAAGGACAACCUCUUUGAGGAAAUCACCCACGUCGAGGAGGAAAUUAGCAAGUUCCGAUCCACUACCGGCAACCUCCAGGAUUACAUUCCCCUUCUCCGAAUCAACCCUAUCAACUUCCAUUCCUCCAAGGCUCGUGAAAUGCGAGGCAGACGCGACAAGUAUCUCACCUCCCUCAACGACGGUCUCGAUGAGCGCAUCGCAAAUGGCACUUAUAGCCCUUGUAUCCAGGCAAAUGUCAUUAUGGACAAGGAGGCCAAACUGAACAAGGACGAACUCACAUCUAUCAGUCUGACUAUGUUGUCUGGCGGUCUUGACACCGUUACUACCCAAGUUGCCUGGUUCAUUGCCUACCUCUCUCAACACCCCGAGAUCCAGGACAAGGCCGAGACUGAGAUUCGCAAGUUUUAUGAUGUUACCCAGCCUAUGUGCGAUGUCGAUGAUGACCAGAAGUGCCAAUACAUUGUCGCUUUGGUGAAGGAGUCCCUGCGAUACUUCACUGUGCUCCGACUUGCUCUGCCCCGCGCUUCCAUUAAGGACGUCGUCCACGAGGGCAUCACUAUUCCCAAGGGCAGUGUUGUAUUUUUGAACGCCUGGGCCUGUAACAUGGACCCUGCUGUUUGGUCGGACCCCGAGAACUUCCGCCCCGAGCGCUGGUUUGAGCAGCCCGAUGCCCCGCUGUUCACCUACGGCGUCGGCUACCGCAUGUGUGCUGGAUCCUUGUUGGCAAACCGAGAGCUGUACCUCAUCUACAUGAGGCUACUGAACAGCUUCCGCGUCGAGAAGCACGACAAUGUCAACGUUCACCCGGUUGACGGCAAUGCCGAUCCGACUAGUCUGGUGGCAUUGCCCAAGCGUUACAGGGCCAAGUUUGUGCCCCGAGAUCUCAAGAGCUUGAAGAAGGCUUUGGAUGUGACCGAGUAA